AUGGCGAAGAAGAACAAGAAAUCCGCCGAGCACAAAGAGCGUGUGGCAGCGAAACAGUCCAAGAAAGCUGCCCAGAAAGAAAAGAAGGGCAAGACGAAGGGACGCGAUGCAGAUAGCGAUGCUGAAGACGUGGAUCUUGACGAUAUCUUGGCGCAAUAUGCGGAGGAACAAGCCAGAUACUUGAAGGUCACUGAAAUUGUCUCUGGUCCGCCUACCCCGCGAUCGUCUGCAACAGUCAUCGGAUCUCCUUCGAAUCGGAACGAAUUGUUGAUCUUUGGGGGAGAAUAUUAUGACGGAGCACUUGCAACCUUCUUCAACAAUUUAUAUGUGUAUCUGAUUGAUCGAGGGGAGUGGAGGCAGGUCACAAGUCCCAAUAGCCCUCUUCCGCGGAGCGGACAUGCCUGGUGUCGUGGAGGAAACAGUGGCGGAAUAUAUCUGUUUGGAGGUGAAUUCUCCUCGCCUAAACAAGGAACUUUCUAUCACUACAACGACUUUUGGCAUCUGGACCCCGCAACCAGAGAGUGGACACGGUUAGAAACCAAGGGAAAGGGCCCGCCGGCGAGAAGUGGCCAUCGGAUGACUUACUAUAAGAACUACAUCCUCUUAUUUGGCGGGUUCCAAGACACUUCCCAACAAACUAAAUACCUCCAAGACCUAUGGAUAUAUGAUUGUUCCAAGUACACUUGGUUCAGCCCCAAUCUGCCUACCGCAGCGCAGAAGCCAGAUCCUCGCUCGUCCCUCUCCUUCCUUCCUCAUGAAACCGGAGCUGUGAUCUACGGUGGCUAUUCUCGCGUUAAGGCCAGCACAGGAGGUGGGGGGAAGCAGAUCAAGGGUGGUCCACAAAAGAUGGCUUUGAAGCCUAUGGUUCAUCAGGAUACCUGGUUCCUUCGCAUCACUCCGCCUGCAGACGAAGCCCCCUCAUCCACAGGCCCUACAGUUAGAUGGGAACGGCGAAAGAAGCCGGCAAACUCGCCGAAUCCAACCCGUGCAGGUGCUACCAUGGCCUACCACAAAGGCCGAGGUAUAAUGUUCGGUGGUGUGCAUGACGUCGAGUUGACCGAGGAAGGCAUGGAUAGCGAAUUCUUCGAUACCCUGUACGCCUGGAAUACUGACCGGAACCGAUUCUUCCAAUUGGGCCUGCGACGUCCUCGGGCUCCGGGUAAGAAACAGGCAAGCCAAGCAACAAAGUCGCGCAACAGAAGCAAAGCCGACGAGGAGGAGCUUUUGCGUAACCUUGCAGCGCUGGAAGCAAAGGGUGGGAUUCAAAAUGACGACGGUGAAGAUGAUAUGAAGUUGGAUGCUGUCCCUGAAGAAGAGCAGACCGAGCCAGAAAAGCCGUCCAUUGUUCGCUUUGAGAUGCCGCACCAGCGAUUCAAUGCUCAGCUGGCUGUCCAGGACGAUACGCUUUUCAUCUUCGGCGGAACAUUCGAGAAGGGCGAUCGCGAAUUUACAUUCAGUGACAUGUACUCAAUUGAUCUCGUCAAGCUUGACGGUGUCAAGGAAAUUUACUACACCGAACCAGUGAAUUGGGGCGCCUUGGAUGAGGCCGACAGCGAUGAGGAUAUGGACGACGAGGACGAUGAAGAAGGGGAGGACGAGCAAGAAGAAGACGAUGAAGACACCAUGUCCCUGGACACGUCUGUUUCUGUCGCCCCCACGGAGCUGACUAUACCAUCUGUGACGCGCGAGAUGGAACAACUAGAUGUUGACGAGGCGGAGGCCGAGCCGACGGUAGUGGACGGCAGACCGCAACCACGACCGUUCGAGAGCUUGCGUGAGUUCUUCAGCCGCACGUCUGAAGAGUGGCAGCGCCUCUUGAUAGAGCGGAUGAAGGCCAAAGACUCGUCGGUCGAGAAGACGGUCAAGGAGUUGCGCAAGGAGGCGUUCGAUCUUGCAGAGGAGAAGUGGUGGGAUAGUCGAGAGGAAGUUAUGGCUUUGGAAGAUGAACAGGAGGAAGCUGGGAUUGGAGAAGUAGUCAGCAUUGCUGACCGGGGGGAACAUGGAGGCGGUGCCGGGCGUCGUCGAUGA